CAGAAGACGAGAACAUCAUACAAAUUCCUGUCAACGUGGAACUGCGUGCCAAACUGUUCCUACACCUGGUCAUGCAGGUUGUGCAGUGUUUCUGACACACGGAAUGGCACCACGAGCAGCCAUUGGCCUGCUUCUGCUGGUAACAUCGUGCUUGGGGAAGCACAGCAGUCUCAAGACCUCUUACUACACCGCCGCUGUGGUGGAGUACAGCGCGGUUGGCAACUUAAGCGUUGACGACCCUAAACAGGUUCUCAUGAUGAAUGCCGAAAGAUAUCUUGGCCACGUGAGUGAAGCCGCGAGAUCUGGGGCAGACAUCAUUGUCUUUCCAGAAUGUGGAUUGAGCACCAUACACCUUCCACAAACUCGCCCUGAGAUUCGCCCACUACUGACGCCAAUUCCAGAUCCUAUACAACUCAAGAACCCAUGUCUGGACUCAUCAGGAGAAGUGCCUGAGGUCCUGAGCUUCUUGGCCUGCGCGGCACGCAAUCACAGCAUAUACGUCGUGGUGAACCUACCAGAAAUUGCACACUGCGCAGGUGCAGAUUGCCCCUCAGACGGUGCGUUUUUCUAUAACACCGACAUAGUCUUCGACAGAUCGGGUACACUCAUAGCAAGGUACCGGAAAUACAACCUGUUUGGAGAACCAGGGUUCAACUUGACUUCCACAGCCGAAAUAUCAACCUUCAACACAGAUUUCGGGGUCCGAUUUGGCAUGGCCACCUGUUUCGACAUCUACUUCCAUGACCCUAUAGUGCAGCUUGUGCAAGAGCUGGAAAUUACGGACAUAGUCUUCCCGGUUGCAUGGUUCUCCGAACUGCCCUUUCUGACCGCCAUACAGAUUCAAGAAGGCUGGUCUCGAGCUCUGGACGUCAACUUGCUCGCUUCCGGGUAUGACGAUCCCGCUAACCGCAAUGGAGGAAGCGCAAUAUAUGCAGGGAAACUUGGCAGAGUGGCAGCAACCAUGCCGCUCUCUAAGACUAGCAAACUGCUAAUAAGCCAAGUUCCUAAGAAAACGAGGGGAUUGUUCGGAAAUAAUUCACCUGGAUUUUCCGGGAGCACAAACAUACCUCUGGAACAAAACAGACCUUCAAAUAUUCCAUCAGAGAGGUUAUUCUUCACAGACUAUCUCGCACCUUACACCACGCAGCUUCUAGAAACAACUGCCACUCGCGCGGAAUUAUGCAACAGGGAGCUUUGCUGUCAGUUUGAUGUCAGGACGGAAGGGAUUCCACGUGACCCGUAUUCGGCUUCUUACAGACUGGCCGUGUUUAACGGCAUUCGUCCAUUUUUUGGCGGAAAGACUGGAGGAAUUCAAGUGUGUGCUGUCAUCUCAUGCAAUAACAUGAGCCUCUCUUCAUGUGGACAGCCAAUAAGUACAACAAAGAAACUGACAACGUUUAAAUUCAUCAGUAUACAAAUCAAUUCCAGCCGUGUUAACUCAAUUCAUAUGCCAAGUACUCUGUUGAAAUCAAUAUUGCCCCUCGAUGUAGAUUCAUAUGAGCUGACGUCUAGAAAUGUUACUGACAAACUAACACAUAUUCAUCUUCGUACAACGAAGAACAUUCGUAACUUGUGGACAUUUGGUAUUUACACAAGGGAAUAUGAUUUAGACGGACUUCCCUUCACAGCUGCCACGUAAAAGCUAGGGCCGUAAAUUAAAUAAUUUUUUUUUACUUCUCGUGUGUGAUGCCGUGUAGCCCAAUAGAAAUUUACUGACGUUUCAGAGGAAAGUACACGCAAAAGAAACAGCAAACAAGGGAAUUCCGAGACUUCGGUGCCACAAUAUAUUCAACAUUCUAACAUACAGGAUUACUGGUGUUUUUGGACUUUUUCCAUCGUUCGGUAUUCUAGAGAUUAGAAAACACGAUGGAUCUGUUUCCAUCUUCAGGUGA